AACCUUCUCGAACGUUCGGUCCGGCUAUAUAACCGCAAACGGCGCGCUCCCCGGCAUCAGUUCGAAUUCGUGAGCGACAACUUUGUGGUUCGUGUUUUGACGAGACGACUUUACAUUGUUAUUGCGACUCUCGGUGUUAAAAACAUUUUAUUUUACUGUGCGCGUUUUAAAGUCAACGAGUGAUUUAAUAUAAUCGUAGCUGCUAUCGAAUCGCGGUACUAUACGUAUAUUAUACUAUUAUACACACUAAAACAAGUUUGUGUUUUGUUUCGCAUUUGUAACUGUUGUGCGUCGUGACUGUGGUUGACGAGAUGGCCGGACGGACGGCGAUUGGUAUCGAUCUGGGCACCACGUACUCUUGUGUGGGUAUCUGGCAACACGGAAAAGUGGAAAUCAUCGCCAACGACCAAGGUAACAGGACCACCCCGAGUUAUGUGGCGUUUACUGACACUGAACGUCUGAUUGGCGACGCGGCCAAGAACCAGGUGGCGAUGAACCCCGUCAACACGGUGUUCGACGCGAAACGUCUGAUCGGCCGUCGUUUCGACGACGACAAGACGCAGGCGGACAUCAAGCACUGGCCGUUCAAGGUGAUCAACGAUGGCGGGAAGCCCAAGAUCCAAGUGGAGUUCAAGGGCGAACGGAAGGUGUUCGCGCCGGAGGAAAUCAGUUCAAUGGUGUUGGCCAAGAUGAAGGAAACCGCGGAAGCGUACUUGGGCCGUAACGUGACGGACGCCGUCAUCACGGUGCCAGCGUACUUCAACGACUCCCAGAGACAGGCGACUAAAGACGCGGGCGCCAUAGCCGGGCUGAACGUGAUGCGAAUAAUCAACGAACCGACGGCCGCGGCACUGGCAUACGGUCUGGACAAGAACCUGAAGGGUGAGCGGAACGUGUUGAUAUUUGACCUGGGUGGUGGCACGUUCGACGUGUCGAUACUGCAGAUCGACGAGGGAUCGAUAUUCGAAGUCAAGUCCACGGCGGGUGACACGCACUUGGGUGGCGAGGACUUCGACAACCGGCUGGUGUCUCAUCUGGCCGACGAGUUCAAGCGGAAGACCAAGAAGGACGUGCGCGCCAAUCCGAGGGCGUUGCGACGCCUGAGGACGGCCGUCGAACGGGCCAAGAGGACGUUGUCGUCCAGCUCAGAGGCCACAGUGGAGAUCGACGCGCUGGUCGAUGGCAUCGAUUUUUACACACGGGUGUCUCGGGCCCGUUUCGAGGAGCUGUGCGCCGACCUAUUCCGGUCGACGCUGCAGCCGGUGGAGAAGGCGUUGGCGGACGCCAAGUUGGACAAAGGUGACAUACAGGACGUGGUGCUCGUGGGUGGUUCGACAAGGAUCCCGAAGAUCCAGAGUCUCCUGCAAAACUUCUUCUGCGGCAAGCCGCUCAACCUGUCCAUCAACCCCGACGAGGCGGUAGCGUACGGCGCGGCGGUGCAGGCGGCCAUCCUCAGCGGAGACACGAGUUCUGCGAUCCAAGACGUGUUGCUCGUGGACGUCACCCCCCUGUCACUCGGCAUCGAGACCGCGGGUGGCGUGAUGACCAAAAUCAUCGAGCGCAACUCGACCAUUCCGUGCAAACAAACGCAAACAUUCACCACGUACGCGGACAACCAACCGGCCGUCACCGUGCAGGUGUUCGAGGGUGAGAGGGCUAUGACGAAGGACAACAAUCUGCUGGGUACAUUUGACCUGACCGGCAUACCCCCGGCGCCCAGGGGAGUGCCCAAGAUCGAAGUGACUUUCGACAUGGACGCCAAUGGCAUUUUGAACGUUUCGGCCAAGGACAACAGCUCUGGGCGCUCCAAGAACAUCGUCAUCAAAAACGACAAGGGCCGUCUGUCCCAAGCCGAAAUCGAUCGCAUGCUCAGUGAGGCCGAACGGUACAAAGAAGAGGACGAACGACAAAAAGUGAAGAUCGCGGCCAAAAACCAGCUCGAGAGCUACGUGUUUGGUGUUAAACAGGCGUUGGACGAGGCUGGCGACAAGUUGACCGAAUCUGAGAAGAACACCGGCAAAAAGGAAUGCGAAGCGGUCAUCCAGUGGUUGGAUAGCAAUCAGUUGGCGGAAAAGGAAGAGUAUGAGUUCAAGCUAAAGGAAAUCCAAAAUAGCUGUUCGGCUCUCAUGUUGAAGAUACACGGCGCAGGACAACCCGGAGCAACUAACGCACCUCCCGGUGCUAACGGUUUCCCUGGAGCCCGUCCCCGAGGACCUACCGUCGAAGAAGUCGAUUAAUAUUCUGUAACUAUAAGUGAUCUCAUAUUUGUAAAUAACAUUGUCAAUGGUAUAUCCUAUAUUCUGUUUCCUACUAUAUUAUAAAGUAUUCACUAUAGAUUUAAGUUUAGAUUUAUCUGUCUAUUGCACUUCAUAAUUUAUUAUUAUUAGGUUUUCGGCAAAAUAAAUAUUCAUUCUUUAUUAUAGCUGUAUA